CCUCGCGCGCCCCCGCUCCUCCGCUGCUCCUCAGAUCUGGAAAGCAGGCGAGUUGGGGAAGCGAGUGUUCAUUUCUUCAUUUCUUGUAAAAGGAGGUUCCUGGAAAUACACAAGUCCACAAAUUGAACAUGAAGGACCGCACAGCAGAGCUCAGGACUGUGAAGGACAAUGAAGAGGAUGAUGAGGUCACUGUCGCUGUGGACCGUGACCGCUUCAUGGACGAGUUCUUCGAGCAGGUGGAGGAGAUCCGCGGGUUCAUCGAAGCGCUUUACGAGAAGGUGGAGGAGGUGAAGAGGAAGCACAGCGCCAUUCUUGCAGCCCCCAAUCCUGACGAAAAAACCAAGCAGGAGCUGGAGGAGCUGAUGACUGACAUCAAGAAACUGGCUAACAAAGUGCGCUCCAAGUUAAAGAGCAUUGAGCAGAGCAUCGAACAUGAGGAAGGGCUGAACAGAUCGUCGGCUGACCUUCGAAUACGAAAGACUCAGCAUUCCACGCUGUCUCGCAAGUUUGUGGAAGUGAUGUCGGAGUACAACGCCACCCAAUCAGAUUACAGGGAGCGCUGCAAGGGGAGGAUCCAGCGGCAACUGGAGAUCACCGGCAGAAACACGACCAAUGAGGAGCUGGAGAGCAUGCUGGAGAGCGAUAACCCUGCCAUCUUCACCUCCGGGAUCAUCAUGGACUCGAACAUCACAAAGCAGGCGAUGAACGAGAUCGAGACGCGGCACACCGAGAUCAUCAAGCUGGAGAACAGCAUCCGCGAGCUGCAUGACAUGUUCGUGGACAUGGCCAUGCUGGUGGAGAGCCAGGGGGAGAUGAUCGACCGCAUCGAGUAUAACGUGGAGCACUCCGUCGAUUACGUGGAGCGCGCCGUCUCUGACACGAAAAAGGCUGUUAAGUACCAGAGCAAAGCGCGGCGGAAGAAAAUCAUGAUCAUUGUGUGCUGCGUAGUGCUGGGGAUCGUAAUCGCGUCCAGUGUCGGGGGGACGUUAGCCUAAAACCUAAAAAGCAGCAGCAACAAAAUAUCCAUUACCAACUCUACACACACACGCACACACGCGCACAUGCACACGCACUCACACACACGCACUCGCACACACACACACACACACACACACUCUUACGCACUCACAGACACACACACACACGCACACACACAGUUCUGCAUAGAGCGCAGUGAUCUUUUGAGAUAAUAACAUUUUAAAGAGGAGUAUUUGUUAUGCAUGGUUUCUUUUUGUAAAUCUGUGGUUCUGCAAUGUGAGUUUACUUGAGUGUUGGAUGUCAUAUGAAGAAAUGUGUUUGAAUUUUUUUUUCAUUUUUAUAAAGGGGCAGUGGUUUUGCAAUUCAAAAUGUUAUACUGUAUUCUGCAUACAUUCCAAAAAUAAAAGCGCUUAUCGACACUGGCAACAUUAUCACUGCCCCUAUAACAUGAUGUGCCAAAGACCUCAUUGGCCUUUGCUUUCAAUGCAAAUGUAUAGAUAUAUAGAUAACUACUUCCUGUACUGUAGGACAGAUGGUCUGAAGCUUCAACUUCCAUAGCAUUGUCCUGCAAAUCCAAAUAUUCUGAAAAAGCAAGCAAGGAACCAAAGGCUCUUCAGAACAACAGCAGGGCGGUGAUAGCAUUGCUAGUGUGAAAAAGAGAAGGGAAACUGAUUCGAAACUUUACUAAGGAUUGAAAAGGACCAAUAGAAGCUGCAGUAACCGCAUCUUAGACACUGUAACAUAUAAAAAACAGUGAAAGCAGUUAACAGCACAUGAUUCAAUCAUUAUAUCAAGGGUUCUAUGGUGGGCACUGGGUAUUACAAUUGUUUAUAAAGAGUGCCAUGCUAUUGUAUAUCAUCAUGAAUUCAUUGUGCAUACACCCCAAAACGGGAAUAAAAUCUUACAUUUUGUCCAAUAUAAUCAUUUUCUGCCUUUAGCACAAUGCAGAUGAAAAGCAAGCUGUGGGUACAAGGAAGGAGCCACCAUUAUAAAAGGGCCAGCUUAAGAAGGAGUCGGGUGGAAAUGGCAUUGAGGCCGUUCUCAAUCUGGGCAAUAGAAGCAGCUUCUAAAUGUAGUUGUAAUGAUGCUUCCUCCCUAGAGAAGGGUUCAGCUAAGGGACUCUCAGCCAGUGUCUGCAUUCAGACAGUUACUAAACAAAGCCUGGGUUUAUUCUGCCUGUGAGGCUCUUAAGACGAGAUGUUGAGGGUCUUUUCAGUUGAUCUCAAUGUUGGCAGGUUUAAAUAGCACUAAUAAUUGAGAUCAUUGGAAAGUGAGAAAAUCAAACAUUGGACUGUUAAAAUGUUAAACGCCAACACAGAGUCCUAUUCGUGAUGUAAAGGGUGGUUGUGUUUAGAUCCGACAAUGUUGAGAGCAAUUGAAUGGACCCCACUGUCUGUAGGAGGAAAGGCUUACAGUGCAACCCACUCCCAAGAGACAGUGUGUGUGAUUUCCAUUACAUGAGAGUAGGUGGUAAAACGUCAUGCUGAUAUUGGACUCUCGCCAAGAUAAAGCUGGCUUUGUUCAUAAAGUAUGGUCACAGCACUAAAGGCAGUGGAUAAUUAUGACAGUGCUUUAUGCAUGCAGCACAAUGUCUUGGAACUGAUGUCAAGUUCAGAGGCUGCAUAGACCACGGUCAGUGAGACGGGCAGUGAUGUGUGAUGCCCUGCAGUUACAGAGUCUGCUCUGCCCCCUGUCGGUGACAUGAGAUGAGGUUAAAGCUCGAACACCACGAAUGCAGACACUCGCUUGCAGUGUGCAGGGUUGCUGGUUCGUGCCCAGCCUCCGUCCUGUUACAGCAGCACCACACGCUCUGUCAUGGAUGUACUGGGGCACGUUCUUGCACAUGUUUAACCCUAAAACAAUCCGAACACAUUGACAGUCUUGUUUCAUACCCAAGUAUAUUUUUUCCUUCGCCUCCUGUUACAUCAGUAAGGAGCUAUUGGAGGAAGCAGGUGUCUGGCCCGCCAUGGUUUGCAAUGCUUUACAGGACUGUAUAUAUCUACUGUGUGAGCUGCACCACAUACACUCUCCAAGGCUCUGCAAGAACACAGCCUGAUUUUAUAAGAUCUUACCAUAUCAGAUACGAGUCUGUAACCAUGCUGGAUCAACAGCAACACAAAAACAACAACAGGUAGUCGUCUUUGGUUUUUGCCAAACAGCAAUUUCAGGACGCUCAUUCCAUUAGAUUGAAAUAUAUUUUACUAGCAAAUGACAACAUCCAACAAACAGCAAUGCAGAAAAACCUCUUUACUUCCAUUAUGCACGGUGUGUCUCUAAUAAAGAGUGCCACCCUCAUAAGUGAGUGAAACUCCAUCCUGUGUCUACCUAACACUAACUGGGUUGCUGUCCGUAUGCCAGUCCUCUGCAGCUGUCAUCUUCCCAUCAGUCACCAGGUGCUUCCGACGGUACUUACAGUCCUUACCCCAGUCGUUUUCCAUUAAGUACGGAUGCACGAGACUGUGAUCCAUGAUGUCCUGUUUGCAGUUGCAGUCCAGAAUAUAUAUGCACCAAUGAGUCUUGGAUACGCUACUGUAUGUUAUACCCUUUUCAAACUAAACCAUAGAUUCUAGCCAUUGUAAGUCCUUUUAAGUAGUGCAGCUCCAUUGCAUAACGUGAAUGUGCAGGCUUUGUUUCCUAAUAGAGCGCCCAGUCCUAUGCAAUUCAAGGUGUGCAUAGGAAAUUUCUCAUUUCAUACUUCUCAUAUGCAGCCACUAUAUCAGUUCAUACGCUGGCUGUCAGAAAGCCAUGCUCAAUAUGUGCCACCUGGACAGGCUGUCAGGCUGCAUUCAAUGGUGUUGUUUGUAGUCCCAUCAUUCCUGCAGAAGCCCUCCACUUUAUAUUGUGGUCUUUGUAUAAAUUCUGCCUUGCUGUUUUUGUAAUGUGUUUGCGCAUGUGCUAUCUAAACUACACCUGGCUUGGAAGGUAGUUGGUGUCCCUGUUUAGCAGUCUCUUUAGUAGUUUAAUAUUUAUAAAAAAAUAGAAUUCUUUCAAAAACAAGGUUUAUUUUAUAUACACAUAAAUAUAAAUAUGAACAUUAUGUUUGAAAUAAUACACUAGAAACAAUCUGAAUGCAGUGUGGUUCUUGUUUUAUGUAGCUGUAUUCAUUCAUCUCUUCCAAUAAAAAUGUUACCUUCUAUUCUAUUCUAUUCAAACAAGCCUCACAUGGGCUGCAAAUACAGAGUGCAACAAGCAGUUAAGAGUUUCAGCACAUGCCUUUUUAUAGAGAUAUAGACAUAUAUUAAAAACACAUUGCUUUCUGGCCAUUUUCUUUUUAAAACAAAUUAAAAACCUAUUUGAUGUAUAUUUAUAAUUAUGUAUAAUUAGGUAUGUACAAUGCUGAGCUGCUUCUAUGCAUCUUCUCUGGCAGAGAAGUCUUCUUGACAAACAAAAUGAGAUUUACAUUCCAAAAACAGCGAGAAGGCUGUGUGUUGUCCAAUGUAUAAGACGAGCUUGUGUGUUUAGUGUAGAACAUUGCCGUUGAUAUUCGCUUGGUCUUGUCCUGUCGAUCGAUUUGUACAUAUUUAUAGUAUGUGUAAAUGAAAGUAUAACUAAACAAAUGAGUGCUCUUUUCACAUCAAAAGUCUAUCGAAACCUCUUGUGGCAUCUGUUAGAAGCUGUGGGAUGGCUUCCAGCGACCCUGACUGGGUUUAUACAGUCGUGCCUCUUUUACAAGCAUCCCCGUCAUCGGUUCUGUCUGCUUUUGCAAAGAUUCUUGAAACACGCAGAUAUUUAUUCAGGUGUAGAGUAGGAGGAAAGCGUUCUUCAAUUCUAAUCUGAGCUCCCCUUCUUACCACACCCACUGGAUCUGUGGUAGGACUUCCAGCAGCUGUGCAAGGGAGACUGCAGUUGAAUUUCAGACAGAACUCCUCUGCAGAUUACCUUUAGGACAAAGUGAAACAAACUUUCACAUGUGCACCUGUGUAGCAAUGUUCAGUCUUUUAUCAUUCUCAAAUGCAGAACGGUAAAGGCACUCUAUUUAGUGUGAUCCCUGAUCAAAGAAACGUCACUGGACUAAAGAAUCAUUUGAAGUGUUAUUAUGGAUGUUAAGAAAUCAAAAGCUUUAAUUGUUGCUGUUGGUUCUCUGUUCUGUUGGUGUGUGUGCCUGCCUGUAUAAAGAUUGUAAAUACAAAGCACUUUUUUUUUUGUACUUCCUGUACUGUGAUCCAAGUGUCCUUGUUUUUUCCUCGUGAGGUCUGAUGCUGGCUGUCUCCGCAGCUUGAGCGGGUUACUCUUCAUGUGAUGUUGUGAAUUUGUUCUGCACCUCGGAACGGCCCGAUCAGUUGUACUUUCAUUUGGAUUUGAUUUUUGUUUGGUGUGGAGCUUGUGUUGCAAAUGGCUUCCCAUUUUUGUAUGUGUAAUAAACAAAUGAUGAUAUGAAUAAAA